GCAGCAAGAGCCGUCCCCGCUGUCCCCCCUUCCUGCAGCGGCUGUCGUGUCUACGCCAGUCCCCGGCUUCGCUCGCGGCCUACCCCGGCUCCUAGGCAUGGCGCGGCCCCUCGUGCCCAGCUCGCAGAAGGCGCUGCUGCUGGAGCUGAAAGGGCUGCAGGAGGAGCCCGUGGAAGGGUUCCGGGUCAACCUGGUGGAUGAGGGGGACCUCUACAACUGGGAGGUGGCCAUCUUCGGCCCCCCGAACACCUACUAUGAGGGCGGGUACUUCAAGGCUCGUCUCCGGUUUCCCAUCGACUACCCCUAUUCUCCUCCUGCCUUUAGGUUCUUAACCAAAAUGUGGCACCCCAAUAUCUAUGAGACCGGCGAUGUCUGCAUCUCCAUCCUCCACCCACCGGUGGAUGACCCGCAGAGUGGGGAGCUGCCAUCUGAGCGGUGGAACCCCACACAGAACGUGCGGACCAUUCUCCUAAGUGUGAUCUCGCUGCUGAAUGAACCCAACACAUUUUCUCCAGCCAAUGUGGAUGCCUCCGUGAUGUACCGCAAGUGGAAGGAGAGCAAAGGGAAGGAUCGGGAGUACACGGACAUCAUCAGGAAGCAAGUCUUGGGCACAAAGGUGGAUGCUGAGCGGGAUGGUGUGAAGGUCCCCACUACACUGGCAGAGUACUGUGUGAAGACCAAGACUCCAGCCCCAGAUGAGGGCUCAGACCUCUUCUAUGAUGACUAUUAUGAGGAUGAUGAGAUGGAGGAGGAAGCAGACAGCUGUUACGGUGAUGAGGAUGACUCUGGCAAUGAGGAAUCUUGAUGGCCAUCUGGCACUGCAAAACUUACUAUAAACUACUGAAUUUUACCUCAACUAGGACAAACUGGUUUGAAUUUAGGAUCUGUCAGCCCUGAAAUUAACUCUCUACCUCGCAGGGAGACUGUUCUGCUGUUGCAAAGGAAAUCCCACUGCUGUCUUUGUAGAAAAAGCAAAAAACAAAACCAAACCGUAUUUUAUAAACUUCCUGGGUGAGGGGCAGAUGGGGAGGGGGGAGUCAUGUUGGGGUGCUCACAAAUCCACAAAAACCAGGGAGCUGGUGGCUCUGGCUGGACAAGGAGUGAUGGCAAAACCUGGUGGUGGCUGCCCACUGUUUGGGCAUGUAGAACUCCUCUUCAGCCCCACAUGGGAGGAACGGUUUGGGGAGGCUGUGGAGCUGGUGAGUGGUUGCUUUGGGUGGGAAGUGUGUGAGCGUUGUGUGGCUUUCUUACAGCCUUUGAGGUGUCUGAGCAGGAAGGGCUGCAGAGUGAGCACUGCUUCUCUCUGCCCCCGGUGGGGCUGUCCCUGGUGGGACCUUCCUGCUGCCCCUUCCCGUGAUGCCAGAGCUGUGUUUGCAGGGAGCAGGCCGGGACAUCAGGCAGGAUGUGCCUGGUGGCUGUCGGGCACUGCAGGGUGUGGGGAUGAGCUCUUUGUAGUUUUUAACUGGCUGGGAGGGAUGGGGUAGUUCUGAGUCUUUCUGCUUCUG